AUGAAGAUGCACGGUGAGAGACGCGCGUUUUCCGGCGUGGAGGUCCCGCCGCACCAAAAGGGUAAAGUGCCGAGAAGCAGCAGUCCUGUCACGCUGUACGUGGAGAUGCCCUGCAACCUUGAGCAAGCCUUUCCAACAAUAGCGUGGGGUGAUUUAGAAGACUGCAGCAAAAGAGAGAACGACUCACUGGGCUCACAGGUGAAUGAAUCUGACGGAGAUGAACGAGAUUUUGUGGAUUUUGCGCUGGAUUUUGUGGCAGAUUCUCCAUCCAAUCUGGAGAGCAGUCUGUCGCCUGCAGCGUUGGUCCCCUUCCAGGGCUGCGUCAUCCCACCCCUUACCCCUCAACACAUCUACCCUCCAGAGGACAGCGUCACACUAACCCAUUCAUCCUGCGCACAUGCCCAGGAUGAAGUACCUUGGGCGAGAUACCCUACGCAAUUAAAGGUCAAUCAAAAGGUGCAUGAGACUUUGUAUAGAAAACAUAACGAAGCAAGUGAGGAGAGGAACCUUCACCUGAGGCAGCUGGCGAGCAGAGCAAAGCUUUUGGCGUCCAUGUUGGAGAAACUAAUGGCGGUCAGAGAGCCGGACAUCAGCGAACCCACGAAGCCUCGCAGCGUUAAAUCCAGCAGUCCCUGCAAGAGACAGCGACUAGAAACCGAAUGCGAACCGCCUGACUCGGUGGAGGAGAUGCUGAGAGACGUUAGCGCGCGCUGCGACGCCGCGCUGCGCUCAGAACGGGACCCCUACGCCCUCCCCUUGUACGGUUCGUUCUCAGGCCUGUUAACCUCCGUAGGCGAGGCGGAAGAGGACGCGCGGUCUUUUUGCACGUCGGUGAGAGAGCACGGCACGGUGAAGACGCACGUGUUCCCUCACGGCCUGGCUUUCACUUCGGGCACCCGAGAAGGCGGAUACCGCUUCCGCUGGGUUCCCAAUGACUGCUAA